GAGUCAAUCCAGAUCCUGCAGACACCACCCAAGCUGCGCUGGCGUUGGCAGUGAAGCGUGCCGAGAUGUUCAACACGGUCCAUGAGGUCUUUGUCUCCUGCGAUGAUGAUGCCACUUCCUGUUGGAAAAUCUUGAUCCCCGUGCGCUUCGCUGCCGCCGAAUUUCCGGCCAUUCCCAACAUUCCCAGUGUCACGUGGUCACAAACCUCCAAAGAGACCUUUCGCAACAUCAAGGUCCAGGAUGGCGCGGAAUCGCCGGAGGGACGUGGCUAUAUCGUCUGCUGGUGCAGCGAAUGCGGGCUCGCGGAUACGGACUACCAGAGCUAUGUGGGACAGGCCGGGCAGAUCACAGUGAAGCGCCCGAAUGCCAUGCCCCAAGCAUACCUUGGACUCACGACAGUGAUGCCGGAUGAAACGCCGGAGCGUGGCAAUCCUGGUGGACCUGUUGCCAUUGCCUUUGUGACCGGCGAUCUGGCACACUAUGCCACGGCCACAGGGCAGCAGCACUUGGUCUUUGAGAUCUUACCGGGUCUGGAUGACACCAUUCCGGGUAGCCCCGUGUAUCGCGCGACGAUCUCAGCGUUUUUGGUGGUGGGCAAUCGGGGCCCCACGGAUGGAAGAUCUGAGAUCUGUGCUCAAAUCAAUGGGAAUUUCAGCUUGAAACGAACAGCACAGCUUCGCUUCGCAGCCACUGCCAUGGCCCAUUGUGCUGUGAAGUAUGGCCACGACAUGCCAGCCGUGCCGGAGGCAAGGCCCACAAGAAGUGUCACACUCUGUGGCAAGGAGUGCAGCAACGGCGAGUUCAAUCGCUCCUUCGACGAUAGGCUGUGGCUCUUUACUAGGUCCUGGAAGCCGGCUUCCGACAAAGCGAUCUGGGCAACCUUGAUGAUCGUCCAUGGAACCGUGGAUCAUUCUGGCGUCUACGAUGAGCUUGGGACAUAUUUGAGCGCCAAAGGAGUGGCGGUUUUCGCCUCGGACAUGCGCGGCUGGGGUUACAGUGAUGGUGAACCCUUGUACGUGGACCAGAUCGACUCUUUCCUAGGGGACAUUGUCUCCGACUACCAGCGGAUCCAUCAAGCAGGCUCCCCCUGCGGGAACGUCACGCAGCGCUUUCUGCUGGGCAAGAGCAUCGGCGGCCUUUUCGCUGCCUGGGCGGCGGCGGAGCAUCAGGACAAGUGGACAGGGUGGACGCUGCGGUGA